AUGAAAAUCUUUGGAGAAACAACUGAACUUCUCGCAUCCGACUCGGAAAACCCGACUGAGUUGGGUCAAGACUUCGACAACUACUGGAACGAAAAGAAAGGGGCUAGUAUACUCGAAGCAGCUCGAGAAAUGAUUCAAAGUUUGGAAAUGAGACUAGUCGAAUUAGCAACGCAAGAAAUGCAAAUCGCAGGUUCAGACGAAUUCGAACGAUUAGACAAAAUUCCGACAUCGUCGGAAGAUGCAUCGCAACUUCGAGCUACCCUCAAUGAUCUCAUGGCAAUUAUAGCCCCUCUGUCACGAGCAGAAUCGCAUAUCGACGCUCGUGAAUAUAAGAACAAAAACAUCGCCAGACGCGCUCGGGAGGGAAUGGAGAGUGUGGAGUUUCAACUGAAGCAGCUCUUAUCAAUAGAAGGUGAUGAACCCACAACAAACAGGAGACGAUCCCCCACGCCACCACCUCGUACACCGCCAACCACGCCGGCUCUUUUACCUUCGCUAAUCGAAAAGGGACGGUAA